AGCCCCCGUACUAGCAAUGAGCGAGUCAUCACAACCGCCGCGAAAGAAACAGGCCCUAUCGCCGCGCUCGCAACACCGCCAGACGAUUGAAGCGCUUACGGCUCAAGCACAAGGCAAGGGUCUUCUCACUGCAACAGACACAGCUGCCCCACUUGAUGACGAUGAAGAGGCGCAACGCUUGAAUCCAGGCGGUUACUUGGAUCCUGAACAAGCUGCUGAGCGUGCUCGAUUGGAUGCGCUGGAGGGUGUUGAAUAUGGACAGGCUGGAGAGCGGAAAUCCAAGUACAUCCCAACGACGAGUGCGAGUGUCACUGCCACGCAAGGGUCAAUUGCUGGUGCUGGAUCGGGAGAGUUUCACGUUUACAAGAAUUCGAGACGUAGGGAAGCAUCAAGGCUGGCAGAGAUGGAAGAAGCGCAUGAGGAAGCAGUACUGGAUGCUGCCUUUGAAGCGAAACGGCGCAAGAUCAAGGAGGAUGAGGAGAGAAAGUUGGAGAAGAAUCGCAAAAAGCGGGAAAAGAAGAAGCGUGCUGGGAAGGCUAUGAGCUAGAAGACCUAUCUGAGUGCGAUUCACCGCGUUCUUGCUGGUCGUCGCGCUUAUCCUUGUCCUUUGCAGGAUCAUACUGGUACAUGGGGAAGUCGAGCAAUACAGUACGCUUGAGCCAGAGCGGCAACGGUCUGUACAGUGCCGGUGGGAGUGGAACAACAAUGGAGGUCGAGUCGAGGUACUUGCGAUGGCUAUCGCGUUGCUCCGAGUUGUACAUCUUCUUUUGGGCAGGCGGCUCUUGCAAAGUCAAGCCACUGACGAAGAGCAGCAGCAGCGUGAUGAACAACGGCGACACAAUUGAGCCGUACUGUGCACCAUAUGCACCACCAGAAACAGGCCCGUUGGUAGAAGGCGAGAGACAGAGCAUCCAUAUACCCCACCAGCUAAAGAUUUCACCAAAGUAGUUUGGGUGUCGUGAUAGCUUCCAUACACCUGCAUCGCAGAAGCUCUUUGGAUGCUUCUUCUU